AUGGCCACCCUCAUGACCAUCGUGCUACUCGGCUCUUUUCUGAUCUCUGGAGCCGAGUCCCAGGAUGUGGUGGCUGAAGGGUCGCCUGCAAGCAUAGAAGCAGCCCUGACACUGCUCACAGUGAAGGACAGCACAAAAUCCGUCCUCCUGCAGACCACUCAGAGUGCUGUGAGCUUGGUCGCGGCGGCAUCAGGCACCCUCACUUACAACCCCAAUGGCACCGUCCUGGAUGGCAAGGACUUCACGGACUUCCUUACAGCUGGGCACAAGAACUCAGCAGUCACCGGAGUGCAGCUGCAGAGUGGCAGCUACAGCGUCCUGCCCUUCUCAACUGAUGCCCACGUAUAUCUGCUGUGCUCUGGCCGCACUGCACCCUUCAAGAUCGACAUCUCAGGGAGCUCCCUGUCCUUCACGGACGCCGGGAUUGGGGGCAUUGUGCUGGACAGCUGCAACGGGGUGACUCUGACCGGGCCAGCCAACAUGACCUACGUGCAAGACCAGUGGCCCUUUGGCCAGGGCACCAUUCUGGCAAUCGGCUCUGACAACCUGAACUACACCAUCAAGAUUCAGCCGGACUUCCUGCCGGCCUGGCAGCGCAUAAUCACCCGGUACAGCACAAGCUACGCCGGCGGGGGCGUGGUGUAUGAGAACGGGCUCGUGCUGCCACCAUACCGCGAUGGCACAAAUUUUGUGGUGGACUUCAGGACUGUGCGGCAGCUGAGCUAUGACACCUACUCCAUGUAUCUGCGCCAAGACCCGGGCCUUAUCAACGUCAACAACACAGUCGUGAUCACGCAGCCGACUGACAACACAGGAGUAGCAAUGUACAGCUGCAUCAACGUUGUGCUCAUGGACUUCAAUCUGUUCAUGGCGGCUGGAUUUGGGUUCUACGAUGGCACACCCAAGGGCAGCAACACCCUCCUGCGCGUGAACCUGACCCCCACGGCGGGAGCGCUGAUGUCAUCCAUCCACGACGGCUACCACAGCACCUCCGCCAAGGCCGGGCCCUCCAUCACCUACUGCCGCUUCGUGGGCGCUGGCAAGUUCCUUGACUGCACAGACUAUGGUGACGAUGCUAUAGCAAUCCACGGGCGCAUGUACACAGUGGCAGCCUCGCAGCAGAGCCAGAGCACACUCACCCUGGGCUCUAACGUCAUCAACAAAGAUGAGCUCAACACCGGCGACUCCAUCAACGUGUACAAUCCGGCAGGCAGGCUCCUGGGCAGCGCCACUGUGUCGACCAUGACUGCCACCACUGCGCCCGUGCCGGCCACCACACAGGACCAAGCGAAGCUGACGUCCUGGCCCUCAGGCUUCAACGGCAUGCCCUUCAACAGCUUUGUCACCGUCCCCUCGCGCAGCGGCAACAAAUACAGCCUGCUGUACAACUACAUCAGCAACUGCCGGGGGAGGGGUUUUGCGCUGCGCGCGAGCACCGGAAACAUCAGCUAUAACACCGUCGAGCAUGUGGCUUACCACGGCAUUGAGCUCACCCCCAGCUUUGGCGCACGAGAGGGCGGCUUCAUUCGCGACACUGUGGUGAGCAACAACGUCAUAAACAACGAGGCGCAGGGGAUCACGCUGUGGGCCGCCACAACGCCGGACCACCCUAUCCUGUACAAUGACCACGUCAACGUGCAGAUCCUCAACAACAACAUUACGGGGCCGCAGGUCGGCGCGCUCUUCAUCACAAGCGCAGCCACCGUCACAGUUUCCAACAAUCGCUUCCGCAACAUCAUGUGCAGCGCGGAGGACAGCAACACGCGCCAGGCGAAUUACGAGGUCGCCAACACUCCCAUCCAAGUCUUCAAUGUCAACGGCAUCACCUUCCGCAACAACUCCUUUGCCACCGACGCCGGCUGCGCGCGCAGCCAGGCCAACUACGCGGCCCCCAUUUACUUAGUCAACGUCACCAACGUCGUCGGCGUCUCGGCAGCUUCUCCCGGGGUGUCCAGCUUCCAGACAGCUGCCGGCGGUGACAUUACCGCGGCAGCUGCCCCAAAUCUGCAGCUGGGCAGCGCAGAAUCGGGUAGCGGGGCUGCGGGGGCGUUGCCUGCCGCCAGCCUGCUGAGCUUUCAGGACAGCGCUGGAACGCUGACCUGA